AGUUUAAUCAUUGAACGGGAUCACGCUGGAUGGAUUUAUUUCUGGACUCGAUUUCCCAGGAACUCCACUAUCUCAGCCUGGGUGGGGGGCGGGAAAUGCCUCAGCUGAAGUUUCUCUAGCUCCAGCUUCGUGAUUAAAGACCUGUCGCUUUGGAGUUGCAGCAGCUCUGUCACCACUGACUCGUCCAUCUGCUUCGAGACAAUGUUUGCCGUCCACUUGAUAGCUUUCCAUUUCGCAAAGCUAAAAGAGGAUCAAAUAAAAAAGGUUGACAGGUACCUGUAUCACAUGCGUCUCUCCGACGAUGUCUUGCUGGACGUGAUGGCUCGCUUCCAGGCUGAGAUGGUGAAGGGCUUGGGGAGAGACACGAACCCCACAGCAACGGUGAAAAUGCUGCCGUCCUUUGUGCGCUCGCUUCCCGACGGCUCGGAGAAGGGUGACUUCCUUGCUGUUGACCUGGGUGGCUCCCAAUUUCGUGCCCAUCAGGUGAAGGUGUUUGAUGACGGGAAGCAGAGCAUCCAGCUGGAGAGCAAGUUUUACCCCACACCCAAGGAGGUCAUACAGGGGAACGGAGCUGAGCUCUUUGACUACGUUGCUGACUGUCUGUCAGACUUCAUGGAGACCAAAAACCUGAAGCAUAAGAAGUUACCUCUUGGCUUUACAUUUUCUUUUCCCUGCAAACAGACCAGAUUGGAAGAGGGGGUUCUUCUCACCUGGACAAAACAUUUCAAGGUCCGAGGAGUUCAGGACACAGAUGUGGUCAACUCUCUGCGCAAGGCUCUCCAGAAGCAUCCGGACAUAGAUGUUGAUGUUCUGGCACUGGUCAAUGACACCGUGGGAACCAUGAUGACUUGUGGCUACGAUGAUCCACGCUGUGAAGUUGGACUCAUAGUUGGGACUGGUACCAACGCCUGCUACAUGGAGGAAUUGAGGCACAUCGAUCUGGUGGAAGGCGACGAAGGGAGGAUGUGCAUUAACACGGAGUGGGGGGCCUUCGGAGAUGAUGGUGCUUUGGAUGAUCUCCGCACAGAAUUUGAUCGGGAGCUCGAUCUAGGAUCUCUCAAUCCUGGAAAACAAUUGUUUGAGAAGAUGAUCAGCAGCCUGUAUUUGGGGGAACUCGUAAGACUCAUUAUCCUAAAAAUGACAAAGGAAGGUCUACUCUUCAAUGGGAAAGCAUCUCCAGCUCUGCUUACUAAGGGCAAGAUCGAAAUGAAACACUUGUCUGCAAUGGAAAAAUAUAAGGAAGGUCUGAGCAACACAAAAGAGAUCCUUACAGAGCUAAACCUGUCUCCUUCUGAAGAGGACUGCAUCGCCGUUCAGCACGUCUGCACCAUCGUUUCCUUCCGCUCGGCCAACCUCUGUGCUGCCGCCUUAGCAGCUAUACUGACCCGACUGAGAGAGAAUAAAAAGCUGUUAAGGAUGCGAACCACUGUGGGGAUCGACGGGGGACUCUAUAAAACCCACCCACAAUAUGCCAAACGCCUGCACAAGGUGGUGAGAAGGCUGGUCCCCAACUGUGAUGUUCGGUUUCUCCUGUCCGUGAGCGGCAGCGGGAAGGGGGCUGCCAUGGUCACAGCGGUGGGGUACAGGCUGGCUGCCCAGCGCAAGCAAAUCGAUGCUGCUCUCUCACCAUUUCUGCUGUCCCUGGAGACACUCAGAGAAGUUAAGCACAAAAUGAGGACCGAGCUGGAAUAUGGGCUAAAGCGAGAGACGCAAGGCAGCGCCACAGUGAAGAUGUUACCCACGUACGUCUGUGGGACACCAGAUGGAACAGAGAAAGGAAAGUUCCUUGCCCUCGAUCUUGGUGGGACAAAUUUCAGGGUUCUGCUGGUCAAAAUCAGAAGCGGGAGAAGAAGAUCAGUGCAAAUGUACAACAAAAUCUUUGCCAUUCCUUUGGAGAUCAUGCAAGGGACAGGGGAGGAGCUCUUUGACCACAUUGUCCAGUGUAUAGCAGACUUUCUGGAGUAUAUGGGGAUUAAAGGUGCUCGACUGCCACUGGGCUUCACCUUCUCCUUCCCGUGCAGGCAAGCCAGCAUCGACAAGGGAACGCUUGUGGGAUGGACAAAAGGUUUCAAAGCAACGGACUGUGAGGGGGAAGAUGUUGUUGAUAUGCUGAGAGAGGCCAUCAGGAGAAGAAAUGAGUUUGACUUGGACAUUGUAGCUGUGGUGAAUGACACCGUUGGGACAAUGAUGACGUGCGGAUAUGAGGAUCCAAACUGUGAGAUUGGCCUUAUCGCAGGAACAGGCAGUAACUUGUGCUACAUGGAGGACAUGAAAAACAUAGAAAUAGUGGAAGGGAAUGAAGGAAAAAUGUGCAUUAAUACGGAAUGGGGAGGAUUUGGUGACAACGGCUGCAUUGACAAUAUCAGAACAAAAUAUGAUAAAGAAGUAGAUGAAGGCUCACUAAACCCGGGGAAACAGAGGUAUGAAAAAAUGACGAGUGGCAUGUACUUAGGUGAAAUAGUAAGGCAAAUUUUGAUUGACCUAACCAAACAAGGACUGCUGUUCAGAGGACAGAUCUCGGAAUCACUCAGGAAAAGAGGCAUAUUUGAAACAAAAUUCCUGUCCCAGAUUGAGAGUGACCGGCUCGCCCUCCUCCAAGUCCGGCGCAUUCUGCAGCAGCUUGGCCUGGACAGCACGUGCGAUGACAGCAUCAUUGUGAAAGAAGUGUGUGGAGCUGUUUCAAAGAGAGCAGCCCAGCUCUGUGGGGCAGGACUGGCAGCGAUCGUGGAGAAGAAGCGAGAAAACCGAGGUGUGGAGCACUUGCAAAUCACUGUUGGAGUAGAUGGGACUUUGUACAAGCUCCAUCCACAUUUUUCUAGGAUCCUCCGGGAAACAGUGAAGGAACUGGCACCUCAGUGUGAUGUGACUUUCAUGCUCUCUGAAGAUGGAAGUGGGAAGGGAGCUGCCCUCAUUACUGCAGUAGCAAAACGAUUGCAUAAUGUUGGACAGAAGUAAAAAUGAGAGGUCAAGUCCUUUCAGCACUGCCAGGUGUGUGCACUGGGGAUUUGCUGAGCAGUGGUUCGAGACAGCUUUGCCAGACACCGGUACCCAGGUACCUGUUUUCAGGGAGCUGCUGGUUCUUGACCAACCAGGGUGGUGGAUUUUUGUCCUUUGAUAAUUUGGAUCAGGUCUUUCUGCUCCCCACCAGCGUUAUGUCCUGGCGUGCUGCAGUCUACCCAGUUCUGUACUUCCUUCGAUGCAUCUAUAAUGCACAUGUGAGAGUGAAAAGAAAACCAGACAAACAAACAAAACAAACAAAUCAACCCUGAAUGUGUGUUUUUACAAUGGCUUAAUUAAGCUACAGCGCCACAACUGAAUUUCUCAACAGUUCCUUAGGAUUUUUGUGUGCUUUAGUUUUAAGUUGGCCUAAUUCAAGGAAUAUUGAGAUCUUGGUGUUGCAGGACAUGUUUGUUCAAGUGCUUCACAGGUUUUACAGUGAAUCUGCAAGGAAAAUAAAUGCAUAAGUUUUGGUCAGCGGUGCUCCUCCACCACUGCUACAUUGGUUUCAAGUGUGUUGUGUUGUAAACCUUCCCUGAGGACAGGAGGCACGUUUAAUAGAUGAAUGUAAAGGGAAAAAAUAUGAUUCCAUGAAAUAUCUGUUUGUAUCAAAAUACAUUAGUGUGUUUGAGUGCACAUAAACCAACGCUGGAUGGAUUCUGACUGCAAGGGAUUCUUUUCAUGCUGUGGGAGAGGCUGUAGGAGCCACUACAGAGUCUGCUAUGUCUAUGUCAGAGCUGCUUAGAGAAUAUUGAAUCUGUUUACCUUUAGGCCACCAAAACAGCUGUGUAGAGACAUAAAAAAAUCACUUGAAUUUUGUUUUCCCUCAGUUAUCUCCUUGCCUGUUCACGGGAGGAUAGUUUCCAUUUUGUGGAAGAGAGUUUAUCCUUGUUUUUCAUUUCCCGUUGCCCACUGCUCUGCCUGUCUGUAGACUGUUGUAAUAAACCUGCAGUGCUGUGAGCCUUCCCUUCUCUGUCUAGUGCCUCUUCUGAGCGGUGGGAAGAACGUGCGGGCAAGUGGGACCUUUCUUUAAACCUACCUACCACAGUCCUCAGCAGCACUGGGGUUAUGACGAAGGUGGAUUGUGGAUAGAGCCUGUCAAACUGCGGCUGAAUUUGCCUGUUUCUCAACGCUGAUAAAGCACCAUUAUAUGUGGCAGCAAGCUACGGGCAUGGAAACACCAGGAGAAUAACCCCUACCCUUCCGUGACCAAACGUCCCUCACCUGAUCUACCCAUCUCCUAAUAAACUUAAACAGUCCUAUGAUGCAGAGAAGGAGACAAUCUGUAGUUUGCUAUUCGCUGUUCUUGAGUAUUCCUGUAUCCCCUUUAAUCCUCUCUUCUUGGAUAUUUGCUUCCUUUCAGGCUGGCAGCAGAACGUGGGGUUGAGAAAUGUGCUCUAAGCCUAGUUAGGUCAAAAGUAACUGUUGUGCAGAGGGGAUAAGCAGCUGGGCUUAUGUAAUAACGUAUGUUCAAAUUUAGCAAUGGCAAAUUCAAAAAUCGAAGCUACAAACCUUUCCUGUUUUGUAGUUUUGAAAAGAAGCAUCUUAACAGCUCCGUCGGAGUGGCUGGAUGAGUGAAAAAUAGUACUUUGUAAUAAUUUUUACUUCUAAAGGAAUUCCUCACAGUCCUGAGCUCACUGCGAUGAGCAACCGGGAUAAAGGGGAUAAGCUAUGAACUCAUAUUGCAUUUGAUGUUUUCCUCCUUUUGUCAAGAAACUUAAUAUUUUGCUUUUUCUUUAUAUUUCAGAAUCCACAGAGCUACAGAAACCAAAGAUUGUUACGUAGUGGGGGCAGUGUUAUUUGGAAUGGAUGUUUUUGUCCAGUGGUGAACAGGUUAAAUUCGGAGGGGCUGGAUAUAGAAAUAAAACCCAUCAGGUCCUAGGGCUGUGUGGGGCUUAGAAAUAGCCUAGAAUUGCUCUUCUGCAUUGGCUGUUUCCCCUCUCAGCACUCUGAGAGCUAUCAGUGUAGUCUGGGGUCCUUUUUGGGGAGUGGGUUGAGCUAAUCGGCAAAAAUGCAUUUGUGGAUGACAAGAAUCAUGGGAGGGCGAAACUACAUGAUCUUUAAGGUCCCUUCCAACCCAAACUAUUCUGUUUCUAUGAAGUAUGUUCCUGUAUAUCCGGAAUGAGGAGAUGUGGACUUACUCCGGGCUGGCCACGUGAGUAUGGUGCAGAGUAUCUUUUGCGCUUUUAUUCUACAGUCUGUUCUGCACCACUGGAAUGCCAAUCGGUUACAAAACAAGGUAAACCCCUUGCAUGGAUCCUUGCUUUACAUUUGGAAAGAAAUCUUAUAUUGCUUCAUUUUUUCUUUUUAGACUUUUUUUUUUUUUUUUGAAAUUAAAUAUUGGCAUGGAGUCAGUUUACACGUUGGCUGCAGUUAUUCCUUUUCUGCAGUAGAUUAGACCCACACAAUAAUAUCUUUUUGCAUCUGCAUUUUUUUUUUUAAACAGUGAGUCUGUGGGUGUUGUGGAAUCCGAUCACAUGAACCUGAAGCUGCUCACAAAGCGCUCGUCGACCUACGGCUCUUGUUGAGGUCCUUACAGCCCAGGACACGCAUGCUCUUGUCUUUUCAGCAGGCUGCUGGCUCGCUCGGAAGCCAGGCAGCUCCCACGCCGCUCAUCAGGCAGGGAGGUGGCAUCCAAGCUGGGAAGGCUUCUGCCUUCUGAAAGGGAAUGAGCAUCGAUUCUCUGGGCAGCCCUGGAGAAGGGAAGGAUUGACUAUUGUGGGAUUUUACUAGGGGUACAAAACUCACUUGUAGUUUCCCAAGGAUCCCGUAGACACACAGAUGCUUUUGGCUGACUCUAAACCAGAACAUCUUCCAUCUGGGUAAUGAUACAGCAUCGUGUUCCCGAUUAUGGUCCCAUGUUGAAACCCAAGGACUGUUGCAAACUUGCCAUCUCCCUCGUACAAAUUUAAGCUGUUGAAGCAACUCUCUUCCUGCACAUUAUAUGUGGUGAUUGAGUUUAAAGUCCUGGCUUAAAAUAAAAUAGGAUACUCUGAAAAGUAUGUAGUA